GCAUAUAAACACAAAACACAUUUAUCAAUAUUUUGUAUAAAAGUUGGUCAAAAUCUAAAACUGAUAUCAUUCACUUCUUGUGUUUACUUCUAAAAAGAACCAACCUCCAACCAAAAUUUAUUGUAACAAUAUGGCUUUCAAAUUUGUUUUCACACUUGCUUUUGUUGCUGUGGCUAGCGCUGGUUAUGUUCCAGCCGCUCAAGUUUAUCAUGCUGCUCCCGUUGCUGUACAUGCUGCUCCUGUAGCUGUUGCACAAAAAGUUGUUGUGAAAUCUGAAGAAUACGAUCCUCAUCCACAAUAUAAAUAUUCUUACGGUGUUGAAGACAAAUUGACCGGUGAUUCCAAGAGCCAAGUUGAAGAACGUGAUGGUGAUGUAGUACGUGGUGAAUAUUCCUUGAUUGAUGCUGAUGGUUACAAACGUACCGUACAAUACACAGCUGAUGAUCAUAAUGGUUUUAAUGCUGUCGUACACCGUGAACCACAUGCUGCUCCUACUGUUGUUAAAACUGUUGCUAAAGUAGCUCAUUAUGCAGCUCCCACUUUUGUCAAAACUGUUGCACCAGUAGCCCAUUAUUCUGCUCCCACUCACUACGCCGCACCAACCGUUGUUAAAACUGUUGCACCUGUAGCUCAUUACGCAACUCCUGUACAGUAUACCUCAUAUGCUGCUCCUUCUUACAACUAUCACCACUAAACUCAUUCAAAAUAAUUGAUUCUUUCACACUGUUUUUAUUUAUUUAGUUUGUAUACUCAUCAAAAUAAACCAUUUUUUAAAUAUUAACAAAAUAUAG